AUGUCCUCAAACUCCGGCCCCAACUCCCCCUCCAGCUCCGACGAGUCUCUGCCACCCCAGACUCCGGUCUCCCCGCAGAUGACCGCGACUGCCCAGUACGAAAAGCGCAAGGCGUCGCGCCGCUCCAACACUGCUGAGCGUCGUGCCACCCACAAUGCCGUCGAGCGCCAGCGUCGCGAGACCCUCAACGGACGCUUCCUCGACCUUGCCGGUCUGCUCCCCAACCUCUCGCAGAUCCGUCGUCCCUCCAAGUCUGCUAUCGUCAACAGCUCCAUCGCGCACAUCACCGCGGCGCGCCGCCACCGCCUUCUUGCUGCCCGCGAGCUUCGCUUGCUCAAACUCGAAGCCGAUGCUCUCCGCCGCGAGUUGAACGAGUGGCGUCAUCGCCAGAACCUCCCGACCGUCGAGGAGCCUCCCCGCUCCGAGGCCUUCCACAUGGUCCUCAGCGGCGAGCUCGAGGUCAUUCCCGAGGCGAUUGACGAUGAAGCCGAAGACGACGAGUACUUUGAGCAGCAGCCCAUGCAGCCGAUCCAGCGCGGCCCCGACCCUCGCGACAUCGCUCGUCUUACUACCGAGUACCACAAUGCCCGCGACAUGCGCCAGCUCCAGGCGCAGCAGCUCGAGCAUGCCCAGCGUCUGGCCAUGCUUAAGGCCGGUAUGCUCAAGGACAGCAAGAGCAUGUACGCCAACCCGAUGAUCGCCUCUCCGUCCAUGCCUCAGUACGAGCACCCGCAUGGGUUCGACCUCAACCCGAUGCAGCAGACCUUCCUCCCCCAGGAGCACGGUGGUUUCAAUAACUUCGCCGACAAGAUGUUCGAUAACAACAUGACUUUCGGGGACGCCGUGGAGGCGAAGCUGUUUGCCAACAGCGAGCCCCCGGCCUUCCUCGGCCAGAUGCAGCGUCAGAUGUCCUACGGCAGCGGACGUGGUGAUGAGGAUGCCAUCUCUAUUGGCUCUCGCGGCUCGAGCUCUGGCUCGCCCGUCACCAACGAGUUCCACAUGGGCAACCGCGGCAGCUUCGAGGGCGCGCGUCGCCUGAGCAUCAACACCAGCCUGAGCGGCUACAACGGCAUGAACGGCGCCAACACCGGCAUGGUUGACUUCGGUUAG